AUGUCUAAACCAUACUCGAUUUGGCUCUGUACUCUCUCUGCCUCACUCUACUAUUUCUUCUUCACCUGCUUAGUUAUGAGUACUAAAAAAAGCAUCACCACCGAUGAAUUUGCACUUCUUGGAUUCAAAUCCUCUAUCACCUUAGACCCUUAUCAUAUGCUAAGUAAUUGGUCAAUUCCCUCUAAAUCUUCUUUUUUAUCCUCUUGCAAAUGGGUUGGUGUUACUUGUGAUGAACAUCAUGGAAGAGUAAAAGCAUUGAAUCUUAGUAACAUGGGCCUUCAAGGCACCAUUUCACCUCAAUUGGGAAAUCUCUCUUUUCUUGUUGUUCUUGACUUACAAGGCAAUAGUUUCCAUGGUGAGUUACCACAAAAGUUGUUUAAAAUUAAUCUAUCCAUUCAAGAACUCCAUUUAUCAAAUAACUCUUUAACAGGAGAAAUUCCGAAAGGAAUCAUCGAUCUUACACAAUUGAAAACAGUGAACCUUGAAUAUAAUAUCCUCACAGGCAACAUAUUAUUUAUGUUCGACAACUCAUCAUCGUUGCAAUAUUUGAAUCUUGGUUUCAAUAAUCUGUCUGGAAUUCUUCCAUCAAAUGUUUGUCAAGGACUUCCAAAUCUUAAAUUACUCUAUCUUUUUGCUAAUGAGUUUUCUGGAAAGGUGCCAAAGGUUUGGCGUUAUUGCAAAGAGUUGGAAGAUUUAGAGUUAUCAUUCAAUAAUUUUGAUAAAGGACCUUUGUCAGCUGACAUUGGAAACUUGACCAAGCUUCAAUAUUUAUAUCUUUCUAAUAACAACUUGGAGGGUAAGAUAUUUUUCACCAACAAAUUGAUUGUUUAUUUAUUGUUUCUUGAAAGUGUUUAUAUAAAUAUAUGUUUGAUACAUGCAUGGAUGGGAUUGUGA